UCUCCCUAUUAAUAUCGUGUCUCUCUAGCUGAACUCCACUUAUGUGAUUUUCAUAACAUCUGUCUCCUCAUUCAAUACCGUGCACUCCUCUUUUCCUCUCCACCAAAGUUAAAUCUCUGAUCACUCUUCGCAGUCUGUAUCUUCCUCUUUGUCUAUCUUUCUCCAUAUCAGAGUCUUCGUCGAUAUGUCUUCCUCGCAGAGGAUGGUGUUGGUUCUUGGCGGCGCUGGUACUGUGGGUUCAGGGAUUGUGAAAAGUCUUCUGGAAAAAGGGUUCCAUGUGGCGGUCAUUUCUCGGGACAAAGCACGACUGGAGAAGUUGAAGAGUUUUGUGACCGCGUCAUGCAAGGAAAAGCUUCAUACCCUCGUUGGAGACGUGGGAUCUGAGGAGGGAGCGCAGGAGGCAGCAACCGCCCUGGUCAACCAGGUGGGGAAGGUGACCGACGUGGUAUCUUCUCUGGGAUUCAGCUGGUGGCAAGGAGGACCUCCACACACACAGUCACUACAGGAGCUGCAGAGGGUUCUGGACACUCUUCUUCUAAGUACGUUCACAGCAUGGAAAGCUUUCUUUCCUCUGGUGAAGGACAAUCCGAAUGGCACGUACACUUUCAUCACAGGUGGUGCCGGAGAACGUCUUUUGAUGCCUGGCACAGGAUUCCUGACCCUAGGUGCAGCUGGAGCGUUGGCGUUCUCCCAAGUGGUGCGUGAAGAGUAUCCGGAUGUCACCUGUAAAUUAAACGAGCUCAAGAUCAACAUGGGAGUAGCCACACCAGAGCGACUUGGUCCUGGGUACGUGAGCCACCUGGAAGUGGGGGACGCUGUUUCAUCUCUGGUGGAGAAAAGACAGGUGUCCCAUACUGUACUGUGCGCCAACUCUACUGCCGACCUCAAGACACUUAUUUUGGAGGGAAAAUUGUGAGCUUUAAAAUCCAUCCAUCUCUAUCACCUGCUGGUACCCAUCCUUACAAAGUGUCAAUGGCCUCCACCCAUGUCAUUGCGAUACGUCCACCCACAGCUACCUAUGAAAUGCUUUCUCCUGCCUCAAAAACACAGCACCAUUCACAGGACCAAUACAAUCCCACCCGUAAUCAUCGCAGUUCUACUCACAAGCAUCAGCUUGAUUGGAGUGGCCUAAUUAGGACAGGUCUAUCAUCAAAAAGCCACUGUACAUCCACCAAACGCAACACUGGCUGAACCUCCAAUAGUAUCACGUCCAAGUCUAUCAGAAAAAAGCCACCGUACAACCACCAAAAGCAACAUCGGCUAGACUUCCAAUAGAGGGACAUCCAAGUCUAUCAGCAAAAGGCCAGCAAACAGCCAUCAAAAGAAACACCGGCUGGACUUCAUAUAGGCACAUCCUGUCCUACAACAUGGAAGCUUAUACUCUAAUUUCCAGCAUUUAAGCCCUGAGGAUGGUCCAUGCAACAUGCAGCACACUGUUGACGUAGACAUGAUACAGAGUGACAGAAAAAGAGGACAAGGAAUAAAGUUUGGUAAUUUGUGUGAAGACCAGCGCAGGCUGAAAAGGUCCAUCAAUAGCUAAAAGAUCUCAAAACUCGAGACGCGAACAUGAACGUUCACAAGGGAUGUGUCCAGGUACAAGGCCAGAUUGUCC